CCAACUUGGAAACGCUCUCCUGGACGGGCACCCACCGCCUUCGAAUCCCAUAUCCUUGCCCGCGACACCGAACGUCUUGUGAGAAGCACCCGUGGUUCGCAUGUCCUGUCGGAUUAGAUCACCAUAGUGCGAGUGGGCUCUCCAAACAGGCAACAUGCCCGACCCAGUCAAAGCCGCGCACUACAUCCAACAGCUCAACGAUGCCCGCUGCGACGAGAACUGGGAUGCCGUGCCCGAGCUAGUCCGGAAGGUGCGGAAACACGCCCCCGAGCGCACCUGCCUCGCCCUAACCGCCGAGAUCGAACACGCCAUUGCCAAAGCCAACCUCCCCGCCGACGGCACCUCUCCCAACAAUGCAGGAGGCGGAGGGGGCCUCGACGCAGCCGACAAGCUCCCCGCGCUGCUCACCACGAUCGACUCGGAGUCGCACCACCCGGAAGACCGCUUCCAAGCCCGCGUGUGCGCCGGCUGGCUGCAGUGGGUACUACGGGAGUACGCCGCGGCGCUCGCCCGGCUGCCGCGCACGCUAAACGACAGCGACGCCGCCGAUGCCGACCACGACGUUGCCGCCGCCGACGGCAAAUCCGAGUGGACCAAGGUCUGCGCGCUCAAGGCGGCGUACCUGCGCGCGAACUGCCUCGCGCGCGAUGGACAGCGGGAAGGCGCGCUCAACGCGUUCGAGGCGGCGCUGCCUGCCCUGGGCAGCGUGUGGUCCGCCGGCCCCGCAGAGGCAAGGCAGCAGACUAGGUACUGGGCGGAGCUGUUUCUGACAGAAUAUUGCAUGCUGGCGGCCCAGGCGCUAAAGGACGGGGUGCAGUCGCUGAGGGAUGCGGAUUGUCUGGGCUGUUUCCGAACCUGGGCGCGGUAUUGGUCCGCGGGCAAGGGGGGUGGGGGUGCUGUGUUGUCCGGCGGGUACGGGUUUCGCGGGAGCGUGCCGAGACGUCAGGUCUGGGCUGAGUAUUACUACGCGCUGUCGGACAUCCUAAGUGGGGAUUUGCCGUUUCCGACGGGAUAUCUAGAGGUUGGUGCUGGGAAGGAGGGUUCAGCGAGGAGUCAGUUGAGGGCGGAGCUGCAGAAGGUUGAGGCCGUGUAUCAGGGGCUGUUGUUCAGCGAGACCAAGUUCCCCAAGGCGGACGAGGAGCGGGCCGAGAUCGAGGACUUUGUCCGCCGGAUGAUGCAGAACUGGGAGAUCCUGAACGGGCGCGGCUGGAAGGAGCACGAUCUUGGCGCUGGCGGGAGGGACUCGCUCUGCCAUGGGACGCUGGACAGCCUGUACGGCGCGGCGGCCAAGACGUAUCACUCGACGGCGAUACUGCGGCACAUGUUCACGGUGCACCUCGCCGUGGCCGAGUUUGACCUGGCAUUCAUGGCGUUUGACUCAUGGUUGGAGCUGGUCAAGAAGGGGAAAGCGAGAGUGCAAAAGACAGGCCACCGUGAGCCCGCGCUGGAUGAUGAUGCCAGAAUGUUAGAGACCAUCUCGGCUUGUAUCGCCGCUCUUUGUCGGUUCGGGAGCAGGGAGGCGGCCGACAAAGCGCGGAAACUGGCGGAGGAGCUUGAGGAGCUGGUCAGGAAGACGGAGGAGGGCCGCGAUGCAGAUGGCAACGAUGUCCGGGAUGAGGUGCCGCCGAAUGUCCUGGCGCUGGCGUGGCAGUCGAUCGGGCUGGCUCAGGCACAGUGGGCGCGCAUGACGUAUGAGUCGGAGUCACGGGCGUCAAUCCAGCAGAAGGCGAUACAGUGCCUGCGGAAGUCGCUCUCAGCAGAAUUCGGCGCUGCAAUUGAUGCAGGCGCUGCGUUCGCUCUAGGGAUAUUAUACGCGGAGCAGCGCGAGCUUUCCGCGGCAAUCGAGCUGGUCAGGACGGCUCUCCUGGCGGAAAAGGCAGACAGGGAAAGCCAGGAGCUGCUCCUCGGCCCGUACUGGAGGGAGAGGUCGCUUAUUCCGCUUUGGCAUCUUUUGGCACUGCUGCUAAGCGCCCGGCAGGAGUACUUCAUGGCUGCGCGGGCCUGCGAGGGAGCCAUUGAACAGUUCAAAGACCCGUAUGUGCUGUUCGGGAGUAGGCACUUGAAUGGUGCUUUCCGGAGCGAGCAUCUCAAGGAGGCGGGAAUCAGAAACGAGAAAGCCGGCGAUGGCAUCGUGGACGAGAUGGACGACUACGAGAAGGAGGGCAUCCUGCAGAUUAAGAUGACGCAGCUCGCCAUUCUCGAGCUGAUCGAGGGCCCAGCAGUCGCCGUCAACGCCAGCACAGAGCUGCUUACCCUGUUCCCCAGGUUAUUUGGCGAAUUGGAACAAAAUAUCCAGGAUGUCGAGCUCAGCAAGGCUACUGAGCCGCCAAAAACCGCCGCGACGAUGCGCACUAUAAGGAGUAGUGUGUUCGGCGGCAAAGCGGACAGGGCGACGCGUCCGAGGCAUAAUACCGACAGCGCAAAGCUAGAGACCAUCGAGUCGCGGCCGCAGACGGCGCAAACAGCUCACAGCGUGGCAACCACGACGCUGACGCGCCAGUCCACGAACGCCGACCCAGACUCGAGCCGCAGGUCGAUCAAGUCGGACGACUUCAAGCGCCGGAGCCGGAACAGCCUGCGCAAGCGGGACCGCAGCGGCAGCCGGCAGCGUGCGGUCAGCAGCGGAGGCCCGCCGGUGCCGCCGCUCGACGGCAACAAGUACUUUGCCCCCGCCGACGAGCGGAAUCUCCCUCAAUACUUUGCGCCCAAGCAGACGGUCGAGCCGCCGAGGACGUCGUCGCAGCACGAAGGCUCCCGCAUGCCGUCGCCCCGCUCGAGGGCGACGACCAGCCAUUCAGAGCUGGCGCCGGUCGCGCAAGUGGUAGGAUCUUUCACGCCGCUGCUGCCGUACGUGCACUUCUCGCCAGAGCAUACCCGGCGGCGGAGGAAGGCGAUCCUCGUCAGGGUGUGGCUCGUCAUUGCCGGCUUUUACCGCCGGGCCGGGCUGCUCGAGGAUGCGCACAAGGCGAUUGGCGAGGCGCAGAAAGUCGCGCAGAGCCUCGAGGCGGACGUGGUCAGUGACGCUUCGGGGUCGCUGUCUGUGCGGCAGGCCGGCUGGGGAAUGGAGAAGAGUGCGGAGGAGGUUUUGGCGGAUGUGUGGGCUGAGAAAGGGCAACUCUCCCUCGCCCGCAAGAAGCCGUACCAGGCACGGGCGGAAUUCGAGGCGGCACUGACGCAUUUCCCCGACCACACCAGCGCCAUCGUCGGGCUGUCUCACAUUCUCCUGGAUAUCUACGCAGAAAAGCUGCUCCCGCCGCCAGCCGUCCCGGGGCUGGACCUCAGCGGGCUCUCCCUCGCCGACGAGGACAACGUGUUCACCUCCCCAACUAACAGGACCAUGUCCCCGGCAGGCCACAGCAUCAACGAAGAGGGCCGUUCGAAAUUCCCUCCGUUACCAUCGGCGCCUCUCGGGCUGGGCCCAGCAACGAACCCCAAACCAAAGGCGACAGCAGCAGCCAAGGCGAAGCCCGCCGAGGCAAACGGCCACACACCAUCCCCGUCCACGCCACCGUCGGACUUCCUGGGCCCGCAGCUGCCCCCUCCGCACGAGGCGACGUCGCUGCCCCUGAACGACCGGCUGGCGGCGCGCGAUCGCGCAUACGGCUUGCUCUCGGGCCUGACCAAGCUCGGCAGCGGGUGGAACGACGCGGAGGCGUGGCUUGCGCUGGCACGGGCGUACGAGGAGAGCGGGCAGGUGGACAAGGCGCGGGACGCGCUGUGGUGGUGCGUCGAGCUGGAAGACGGGCGGGGGGUGCGGGAUUGGAAUGUCGUGGCCGUCGGUGGGGGGUAUGUGUUGUAGGUUUGGUUUCCUCUUUUGAGUGUUGCAGACCGGGAAGUGAUUUCCUUGCUUUGGGGUUAAGGAUAGGUAUCAUAGAUUGGUGCUAGCCAGUUCCCCUGGUUAGUAGUAUGAUAGAGGGUAAAGAGGGCUACCUGGUAAUACUAUUUCGCGGCAUAAUCGGUCACCUCGAUCUGCAGCGUUUCCUACUGUAGUAUAUGUCCAAUACCUAGGUAGGGCGACCAAUGAAACCACCACAACCUGAUUCUUUG